AGGGGAUCAUACACACGUGUGGUCAGAGCUCUACCGAGCUGUCAUCAACGAUGGAUGAUUUUGACAAUGAUGGGGACGAUGCUUUGGCUUCUAUGUUAUAUACGGAUACGUUAUCUAAUCAAAACGAACAACCUUCAAAUGUUGCUUGUUCAAAGUCAAAAGAUCCAGAUCUACCAGUCUAUGCUAAUGUUGAGAUUCCAGACUCCUUUCCUUUUCCAUUUGAGCCUUACAAUAUCCAGCAGAAUUUCAUGGUGGAUCUGUACAGAUGUCUGGAACAAGGCAAGAUUGGGAUCUUUGAAAGUCCGACGGGGACAGGCAAAUCACUGAGCCUCAUAUGUGGGGCACUAAAGUGGCUCAGGGAUUUACAAGAGAAACAGAGGAAAGAGUUGGAAGCCUUGACAACAGACCAAGGAAACAAAGAGAACAUUGUCACUACAUGCAACAAGCAAGACAACACAGAGCUAGACUGGAUUACUGAAUUCGUACAGAAGAAAGAAAAAGAAGAGCAAUUAAAAAAAGUUAUUAGUGAGCAUGUGCUCUUGAAAAAACAAGAGUCAAAGGUUAAAGAGCGAAGGUCAAGUCAUCACGGCAAAGCAAAGAAACGCAAGAAGAUGGAGGACGAAUUUGAUGACCUGAUUAAAGGUGCUUCUAAAGAAAUUCAGGAAGCAUUUAAUUCAGAAAUUGAUAAGGUAACCAACGGUGAUGCAAGUGUUGAUGGAAACACGUUGGAUCAAGAUGAUGAUCUGAUUGUACAAGAUUACAAGAGUGAUGAAGAAAAGCACGACGAGAAAUCGGAUGAUGAGGAAGAGGAGUGUCAUAUCACAAAGAUAUAUUACUGUAGCAGGACUCAUUCACAGCUUUCACAGUUUGUCAGGGAGGUUGUGAAGAGUCCAUAUGGAGAAGACACAAGAGUUGUCUCCCUUGGAUCACGACAAAACCUCUGUAUCAAUGAAAGCGUGAAAAAACUGAAGUCUAUAAGUCUGAUAAAUGACGCUUGUUUAGAUAUGCAAAAGUCCAAAUCAGACAAACGAGAUGAUACAGGUGAGGGAAAAACAAAGCGGAGGAAAAAACGUCCAGAGAAGUGUCCCUACUACCGACAUGAAGGGAUGGAUGAGCUGAAGGAGGAGCUUCUCUUGGAAGUCAAAGAUAUGGAGCAAAUCAUCGCGAAAGGUAAGGAAAUGAAGGCCUGUCCUUUCUAUGGAACACGGUAUGGCAUACCUCUAGCUGAGAUUGUGGCACUGCCCUACAACCUUCUUCUCCACAAAGCCACAAGGCAAGCUUGCGGCAUCAAGCUGGAGGGCAACAUCGUUCUUAUUGAUGAAGCUCACAACCUGCUGGAAACCAUCAACAACAUUCACAGUGUUGAAGUUACAGGGUCGCAGUUGUUGAGGGCUCAUAGUCAGCUUACACAGUACGAGGAGAGGUACAGAUCACGCUUGAAGGCAAAGAACUUGAUGUACAUCAAACAGAUCUUGUUUGUUCUGUCAUGUCUGCUGAAAGUUAUCGGAGGUAAAGCUGGGGUACCUGGGGAGAAGCAGUUCACUGGCAGGGCAGAGACUAAGAUGUGCACAGCGAAUGAUUUUCUGUUUCAGGCAAAGCUUGACAAUCUGAAUCUUUUCAAAAUACUGCAGUAUUGUAAGAGGAGCAUGAUCUCCAGAAAACUUAAUGGCUUUGUGGAGAAAUAUCCAAAUGCAGAGGUGACUCCUAAAGAGGAAACAAAAACAGUCACAGGGAAUGCUGGGGUCUUAAGUUUCCUCCGUGAAAUAACAAAUCCAGAAAUUUCUCAGGGAGCCUCUCCAAAUGUGACACCAGAGGUGAAAUCUGCAGAGGAUGUGGUGUUACGAUCGCCACUGAUGCACAUUGAAGGUUUCCUGCAGGCACUGACCAACGCAGACAGCGAUGGGCGAAUUGUCAUUACAAAACAGACCAUGCUGAGUCAGUCAAGCAUGAAAUAUCUACUCCUUAAUCCUGCUGUUCAUUUCUCUGAUGUUCUGAGUGAAGCUCGGUCAGUAAUUGUUGCUGGAGGUACCAUGCAGCCGAUUUCAGAAUUCAAAGAUCAACUUUUCCAUUCUGCGGGUGUCCAUCCUGCUCGGCUACUUGAAUAUUCCUGUGGUCAUGUAAUCCCAGAGGACAAUCUCCUGGCACUGUCACUUGGAUCAGGACCCAGUGGACAUACACUUGACUUCACCUACCAAUCAAGAGAGAACAGGAAACUGUUGGAUGAGCUUGGCAUGUUGAUCCAGAAUGUGUGUCAGGUUGUACCGGGUGGUAUUGUCUGCUUUUUCCCAUCCUAUGACUACCUCAAACUUGUUUAUGCCCAGUGGGAGGCAACAGGUUUCACACAGCGGAUUGCUCGUAAGAAACGGGUAUUUCAGGAACCACGGAAAUCUGGUCAGGUUGAUCAGGUCCUUGCUGAAUUUUCUGCGUGCAUCAAGAAGAGUUCAACAGGAGCCACAAGUAGUGCAAUGGGCGCUACAAACAGUCUAACAGGGGCCCUGCUUUUCUGUGUUGUUGGUGGGAAAAUGAGCGAAGGAAUAAACUUUUCAGAUGAACUUGGAAGGUGUGUGAUAAUGGUUGGACUUCCAUAUCCGAACAUCAAAUCUCCAGAACUCAAAGAGAAAAUGGACUACCUGAAUGCAAACUUCAAACCAGGGGAAGAUGGUCGCCAGCCAGGUCAGGUUCACUAUGAGAACUUGUGCAUGAAGGCUGUAAACCAGUCUAUUGGAAGAGCCAUUCGUCACAAGGGGGAUUACUCAUCCAUUCUGUUACUAGAUAAACGGUACAGUCGUAGAAAUGUGAGUGGGAAACUGCCAUCUUGGAUUGUAAAGAGUCUGCAGAACAUGGACAAAUUUGGUCCAGCUAUGUCUAGCCUUUCUAGAUUUUUUGCCUCCAAGAAAGUGUCCCAAUUGUGUUAAAGCAGCAUGUUAUAUGUCCCAAUAGAAUGGACAAUUGCAAUUUGUUUGGUAAUUUAUUCUUUCAGUGGCACCGCAACGCCAAUGGCAAGCAAAUCAUACACACUUUUGAGAUAUUAAGAAUUUAAGCAUAGUUUUUGUUGUUCAAAC